AUGCCUGAAAUCGAAAGACUUUUAAAUCAUGGGCCACCAAAAUCAUCGUAUAUCAAAUACAACAAAAAUGCAUUAUUUUCUUAUUCUUCGGAAAACGCUGACACAUUCCAGCAUGGCUAUUUAGGAAUAGGCCCAUCAUCAGUUUCUGGUUCUCUCCAUCUUCGUUAUUCUGAUAAGUCGCCUCUAAUAGCCAAUAGUAUUGAAUUAGUAUUUAUUGGCGAUGAAUUUAUAACAUAUCAAUUGGAAAGUGAUAACCGAUGGCUUUCAACAACUCGUAGUCAAAAAUUUGCCGAAUAUACUUAUUGUCUAUGGGAAAGUAAAGAAUCCCAGUCAAUUACGAAUCUCGACUUAAGAUUUAAUAUUCAACUUGAGGACGAUUUGCCUGGUUCAUUUAUCUGCAUUUUACCAGAAAGUGGAAAGAUUGAGUAUAUAAUUCAGGCAAGAGUAAAGAUGAACAACAACCAUCCCGAAAUAAUAACUUCAGCUAGAUGUCAUUUGACACGAUGGAGUUUACCAUUUACUAAAAUGUUGAAUGAACCGAUCAAAAUGAAAAGACCUGAUUACAACAAGUCUAACAAUAAAUCUUAUAUUGACGACAUUUUAUUUGAGGGAUUAUUGGAUAAAUUCUGGUAUGAAAUGGGUAGUGAAAUCUCGGUUCAACUCAACCUAAAACUUCCAAGAAAAGAUAUUGCAAUCAAAAAUAUUAAAAUGCGAAUUCAUGAAUUUCAAUCAUUUGUUAACCCUACGAAUGGUCUCAAUGAGAUUCUUGCAAUGAAUAAAUUAAGAGCUUUAUCAUGUAAAAUUAAUGGAGUCAACAUCUCAACCUUUUAUCGUCCCGAAGAAGAUAUAUACGCUUUAAUGAUAGGAACGAAUGUACCUCCUCUUGCGAAUAACCAAAUGACACCAGAGUUGAUCGGAACGAAAAUCAUGCAGUUUAUUCAAAUUUGGCACCGAUUGAGAAUUAAAGUAAAUUUCAGAGAUAACAAACAAUUAAUCUUGCAAACUGAAAUUGGAAUCAGAAAUUGUUUAUCUUCUAAAGAAAUUCAGAAUGGUAGACACAACGGAACUAUUUAUCCAGAAAGUUAA